UGUCGUGAUCUGCUGAGGACUUAAAUAGGAGUGACCUCCGGCUUUAGCGAGAAGUGGGAGAGUGAGCGAUCCUGACUGUCGUGUAAAAAUGGCUGAGCCUAUUAGAGUUCUGGUGACCGGCGCUGCUGGGCAGAUUGCCUAUUCCUUGUUGUUCAGCAUUGCCAAGGGAGAUGUCUUCGGCAAAGAUCAGCCAAUCAUCUUGAUCCUUUUGGACAUCACCCCCAUGUUGCCAGUCCUGGAAGGUGUUGUCAUGGAGCUGCAGGAUUGCGCUCUCCCGCUUCUGAGAGAGAUUGUGCCCACUGACAAGGAAGAGGUUGCCUUCAAGGACCUGGAUGCUGCCAUCUUGGUGGGAUCUAUGCCCAGGAAGGAGGGCAUGGAGAGGAAGGACCUGCUCAAGGCCAACGUGGCCAUCUUCAAGAGCCAGGGUACCGCCCUGGAGAAGUAUGCCAAGAAGACAGUGAAGGUUCUGGUCGUGGGAAACCCUGCCAACACCAACUGUCUGAUUGCAGCCAAGUCUGCUCCCUCCAUCCCCAAAGAGAACUUCUCCUGCCUCACCCGUCUGGACCAUAACAGGGCUCGCUCCCAGGUGGCGAUGCGCUGCAGUGUUCCUGCAACUCAUGUGAAGAAUGUCAUCAUCUGGGGCAACCACUCCUCCACCCAGUACCCAGAUGUGCACCACUGCAUGGUCAACAUGUCUGGAAGUGAGCUUGCCUGCUUUGACGCAGUCAAGGAUGAUGCUUGGCUCAAAGGCGAUUUUAUUUCUACAGUGCAGCAGAGAGGCGCUGCCGUCAUCAAGGCCAGGAAGCUGUCCAGUGCCAUGUCAGCAGCCAAGGCCAUCUGUGACCACAUGAGGGACAUCUGGUCAGGCACCCCAGAGGGCGAGUUCAUCUCUAUGGGUGUUUACUCCUCUGGCAACUCUUAUGGAGUCCCAGAAGACCUCAUCUACUCAUUCCCUGUCCAGAUUCAGAACAAGACCUGGAAGAUUGUGGACGGUCUAGCCAUCAACGACUUUUCCCGAUCAAAGAUGGAAGCCACAGCUGCGGAGCUGAAAGAGGAAAGAGACACAGCUGUGUCGUUCCUGGGAGAAUGACUAGACUCUGCUGGGCCACCACACCAGCACUUAGACAGCACCAAAACUCCAGACGCACGCCUGUGAUAAAGCACUUCAAAAGCCCUUGAGUUACCCUGCAUUACUGUAUGUGUAAGAGAGAAUUGAGUCAGUGUUUAUGAGUGUUAAGGUGGAAUUUAACUUGUGCAUUGAAAUGCCGCAGAUCAGAACCUUGCAAGCAUACCUCCCCCAUAAGUAUACAGUUUACACUGAAAGUCCACCACUUCUGUUACCAGCUAUUUUCCAAUAUCAUUUCCUGUGGGGGGGGUCGAUGAAUGGGUGGUUGUUACAUAUAGUCAGUGAUGCACCAAGUCCUCAAACACUGGAUGGAUAGCGUCAAAGCUGAAACAAUAAAAUAAAAAUAAU